AUGACGGCAUCUUCUACAACGCACGCGUCUAGAGAGCAGCAGACAGAAGAUGAGUUUCCCGAAGAUGAUCCUGACAUAUCUACCGUACCGUUUGUCGAGCAGCGCGCGUUUGGCCGGGGUCUGUGGAAGAAUCCCAUUCAAUUCGUCUCGUCUACUCCUGAGACACAGCCAACAGCUGCAUCGACAAAUGGCAAGACCAUGGCAGAGAAGUAUCUCGCCAUCAUGUUUCCCAACGGCCAGUCACAACCAGAGCCCGAUGCAUAUCCUCGGUGCGGUAUAUGUGGCGAGCCUGUCAAGGAGUCAGAUCAGCGCAUUCACUAUCUGAGUCCUGCACAUCAAGCUGUUCUCCCCCGCGCACCUAUCCCCUCGGCCAUAGACCGAACGAGGAUGGGGCUCAAGUACAUGGAGAAGCACGGCUUUGACGUAGAUGCGAGAAAAGGUCUGGGAUCAAGUGGUCAGGGCAUGUUGUUCCCGCUCGUCCCCAAGGAGAAGCGCGACAAGUUUGGUUUGGGCAUAGACAAGAAAGAGCAUGUGAAGCAGAAGGCGCUGGGCGGUGCUAGUCGCGCGGAUGUCAGUCAGGGUAGACUUGAUGCCGGCAAGGUCAGGAAACUUGCGCAGGUCGAGAAGAAGAAGCACGAGAAACUGCAGACGAUGUUUUACGGUAAUGAUGAGGUGGAAAAGUACCUAGGGCAGCUGGGCGGUUGA